AUGGAUGACAGCUCGCUAGAGGAGUACAUCUUACUCGUGCUGUCAGAUUCAAAUUUACCGACUGGAGGAUUUGUUGCCUCUUCUGGAUUGGAGUCAUAUUGGGCACAUGGCUUACUACAUAUGCUCGGUUCGCAAUGGAGUACAAACGGUACAAGCACUCCCUCUGACCAACUCGUCGCCUUCAUUUCUGCCUCCCUUGACACAUACGGUCACUUGAUCGCUGGAUUCUUGCAAGAUGUACAUCGAACCGUAUACGGAUAUAUGCACUCCACCGCACCGGAUACAUCAUCAUCACUUGAGCAUGUAGCCGAUACGGUGGAAAGGCUGGACAUCGCCUUACAUGCGAUGAUGCUCAAUCAUGUAGCCCAAAGAGCAAGUAAAGCACAAGGUAUAGCUCUUCUCACAUUAUAUGCAAAGUCUUUUGCACCUACACCGAACGGACAAGAUCUUAAGGAUGAUCGGAUAUCCGUCCUAGCCAGCAAACGUGGCUAUGCUCUAUUGCAAGAGAUCAAAUUACGUAUCCGACGUGGAACGAGUCAUGGUCAUCUACCAAUUUGUUGGGCUGCUUUCAUGGCCGCCUUGGGUGUUCAUUCUUCGGAAAAAGCCUUGGCUGUGCAUAUGUUCUUACAAGCUCGUGCGAUUCUGUCAAGUGCAGUAAGGUUAAAUAUCGUUGGUCCAUAUCUUUCACAUAGGCUACUUGCUUUUGAUGUUAAGCAGAUUAUCGAACGAUGUAUGGUCAAAGUCAAAGACUGCAAAAGUGGUCUGCUUGUUGAGCAAGACAAAAAAGAAGAGCAGCUUUCAUGCAAAUCAAAUGCCGAUUUUGACUGGGUUUGGCAAGAUGAUCAACAAUGGGCUGACGACCGCUUUAACUCUGGAAAUGAUCCAAAAACGACAUGGCCGUUGGGUGACUUGCUACAGGCCAGACAUGAUCAGCUUCACUCGCGUUUGUUCAAUAGCUAA